AUGGUGCAUCCUGCCCAGGGAGGCGUGGAGGUUGGCUCAGCGGGUUCUGGGGCUGCGGCCGCGACCUUUUGUGGUGGUCGCAGCGGUGCUCCGUCUGUCGUCUCCUCGCAGAAUGACAUCACAAGCGAGGCGCGUCUGGACCAGAUCGUGGCUGUGUUGGAGGAGAAGCGCGUGGAGCGGCAGCGCAAGAUGUUCGAGGACAUGAUUGUCUUCGAGGGCGGCGCCGUUUCCGACCACCCGUCUCUGGGCACGAGGCUCAUCAUGCGGGACUUUGUGCACUUUGCCCUCUACAACAACAAAUGGGGCUACUAUCCGAAGCUGUUUCGCAAGUAUCGUCAACUGAUGACCACGGGCUACUUCGACCCCGUCCCGUUCGCCUCACUGCGCAACCAGCAUGACUAUGAACGGUAUGCCGCGAAGCUGCAUGAGUCGACACCGGGUUUCGUGACACCCACGCAGCUCUUUCAGCCCUACUACGGCUGGGUGCUGGCGGAGUACUUCGUGACGACACACCGCGCCAAGUUUGAUCCCCGCGAGCCGCUCAUCGUGUACGACAUCGGCGCCGGCACCGGGGCUCUAGCGUUGUCUGUGCUUGACUACCUGGCCGAGCACUUUCCUGACCUCUACGCCACAUGCGAGUACCACGCCGUGGAGCAGAACCCUCAUCUGAUCCAGGUACUGCGCAACAAGCUUAUCCACCACUACCACCACGUCAACGUCCACCAUCUGUCGGUGCUGAACUGGCGGCAGCUGGAGAAGCGGCGCUGCGUCGUGCUCGCCGUGGAGCUCUUCUCCGGCAUGCCGCACGACUGCGUGUUGUGGGACCAAGAGGCGGUCGUGAGUGAGCACUGGUUCGGCUUUCAGCAGCACGACAACCUCGCCACGGCGCACGAGCGCUACUACGCCCUACAGGAUCCGGUUAUUCUGCGUUAUCUGCGCUAUCUUAACUGGAUGCAGGAGGAGUCGUUUCACAACUUGAAGGUUCUUUGCCGUACUGAGGGCCGCGAAACCCUCGACGCGCCGAGGCGGCGGAGUAUCGAGCCCAAUAUGGCCGACUCCACCAUCGCGAUAUUCACGAAGAUGGCGUACAUCAUGAGCCCCUUCCACACUGCCUGGCUGCCGACGGUGCAGAUGGUCUUUCUUGAGAUGCUCGCUCAGUACUUCCCUCGUCACCACCUCUUCGCAGCGGACUGGUCUAGCGUGCGACAAGCAUUGCCCGGCGUGAACGGCCCUGUGCUGCAGGUGAAGCUGCGGGUGGCCAAGGAUAUUUACCUGCGCAAGCCCGUCGACGCACUGCAUGCGAAUGCUGGCAUGGUCGACAUGUGCUUCCCAACAGACUUUGAUCACCUGUCCAUUGUGUAUGCCCGCAUCUGCGGGACGCAGAAGGAGGUGGAGUCGAUGCGGCACCCUGUGUUCUGGCAGACACACGGCGGGGACAAGACGGCGCUCUUCACAACUCGCAGCGGAUACAACCCGCUGCUGGAGGAUUUUCAGCAGUUCCACGUCUUUACCUCACACCACCCGCCAGAGCUGUAG